UAUGUAUUAGAAAAAUGAGUGAAGUAUAAUUUAAUUUCUAUGUUCCAUAAAUAUCAUUUCUGAAAAUGGUCUCCCUUGAAUCAAUUUCACUUCUUCUUCCCUUGUGUGGCUAAGCAAAUUAUUGUUUAUUUGGUGUUUCUAAAAUCUGAAAAUGGAGAAAAACCAAGCUUACAAAGCUAUGCAAAGACCAAAGCAUGGCUCUUCUGCUGGAUCUGAAGACAUGGAAGAUGCCAUGCCUCAGGUUACGCAGCGGUCAAAAGUGAAGUCUUGGGACUGUAGCUCAAGUUCCUCCUCCUCCUCUUCUGACUCUGAUUCAUCAUCGUCCUCAGAAUCUUCGAAUAGCGAUGAUGAAGAGAGAAGAUCAAGAAUAUUGAAGUCAAAAUCUAGAAGAAAUGAGAAAAAGAAGAGCAAAUCAACAAAAAAUAAGAGCUCAACAAGCUGAUGAGGUCCUGUCUGAAGACUUAAUGGUAUGUAUGUAUGUAUGUAUGUAUGUAUGUAUGUAUGUAUGUAUGUGUAUUGAGUAUUCGUAAGUCCAAGUUUAUAUUGUCUUAUGGUUGACGUUUGUCGUUAAAUGUUUAAAUAUUGAGAAGUAUAGGAUUGGAUAUUAUCCCUUUGUUAUUAAUAAAAGGUAAUUGUAUAAUUAAGAGGUGUCUCAAUUAUAGGAUUUGAUGAAAUUAGUCUCUCGAUUAUUAAAUGAAUCAAUUUAGUCCCUGAAUUAUUAAAAAAUCAAAUAAUGUUAAAUUAGAAUAGAGUUAAUAUUUAUUGUUUAACA